AACUACUGGAGACUUAACAUCAUCACAACACUUCUUUAAGCUUCAAAAUGAGGAACCGUGCUGUAAUCCUCCUAUUCGUGCUAUCCAUAAAAGCUGUGAUUAGGGAUGAGACAGAAGUUGUGGAGUCUGUAUCAGUGACUGUGGGAGAUUCUUUGACUCUGCAGACGAAUGUGAGUCAAAUAGAGCCGAAUGGUGUGCUUGACUGGAGGUUUGGAGAAAAGAUCAUUGCUUCAGUCAACAAUGACCCCAAAAAUAUCACACAUGGCAUUACUAAUGCUAGUGACAGACUGGAGCUGAACAGGCAGACUGGAAACCUCAAAAUCACGAAUGUCAAAAUGGCAGACUCUGGACUUUAUAAACUGGAAAUUUUCAGCCCCAGUGGGUCGACUAGGAAAAAAUUCUAUGUAAUUGUGAAUGAUACAGUAUCAGAUGGAGUGAAGGUUGAAUCUGUGAGAGAGAGAGACUCUGUCAUUCUACCGACUGGCCUUGAUCAAUUACAGAGAGAUGAUCGGCUGACUUGGAAGUUUAAGAAGACGAUUAUUGCUCAAAUAAAUCAAACAUGUGGAAUGUUUACUGUGUAUGACGCCGUUCUUGAUAGAAGGUUCAAAGACAGACUGUUGUUAAAUAAACAGGACGGCUCACUCAUCAUUACUAGCGUCAGACUCAACAUAUCUGGACUUUAUGAAGUAGAGAUAAACAGAACCAGCAGAGGAUUCAGCACACACAAGACAUUCAGUGUUAGUGUCAUUGAUGGAGAUGAUAUGCUGUCAGUUACAGAGGGAACUUCUGCCACUUUCCAGUCUGGCAUUUUUAAAAUACAUCAAGCUGAUGUGAUAAUAUGGAGGUGUGAACAUGGAGACUCCGUCAUAGCAAAAAUCAGCAAUGGCACCUUCUCUACAUUUGACGGAGCUGAUGGGAGAUUCAGAGACACGCUGGAGCUGGACCAUAAGACUGGAUCUCUGACCAUCCAGAACAUCAAAACUGGACAUGCUGGACUUUAUCACAUGGAUAUGAUUGGCAGCCGUCGCACCAUAUUCAAGAGAAUCAGCCUUUCUGUCUAUUCGCAUGUUCGGUCUGCAGUUUUAUACGUCAGUGUUGCUUUUCUGCUGGGCCUGUCUGUAUCUGUAGCUGUUUUUUGUCGAUCCAAGAUCUGUCGUCGAAAAGAAAAAAGAUGCAAACAUAAUUGUAAAAGGUCUGCAACAGGAAAAUUACAACAAAGACCAGAGCCAGAGGGAAAAGGAAAGAAGAAGUGUGGGCAAAAAGAACUAGACCUGAUGCUGCCAUUGAUACGAUAAAGCAGUUAGCAAUUUUAUUUGGAGAGAAUCAAAAAAGUAAUCAACUAAUAAAGGAAACUGUGAUAGAUUGUUCAAUGAAAUAGAUCAACUCUGCCAACUUUUAAAACGCAGAAAGCUUUAAAAUUGUGAAGUGUUGAAACUUUACAACAUGUGGACCAGAGAAAGAGAAAAAAAAGAGGAAAAAGAAAGAGGAAGUAACCAUUGGUGCCUGAUCUGUUCUUAUACGAAGAUAGUAUUAUGUGUCACGGCAAUUCGUAACUUUUUGAUUUAGUGGUUAAUUCGUACAAAUUCGUACGAUCUAAUUCCUACAAUUCAGUACGAUUUGCUUAUCCCCCAAUGACAGUUGGGUUUAGGGGUGGGGUUUGGUGCAAGGCUUCCUUUUUAAAAUCGUACAAUUUUGUAUAACUGAAUUCGUACGAAUUAGCCACUAAACUGACAAAACAUAAAAUACUUACGUUUUCUCGUUAGAUCAGGCUGGAAACAGAACGUUUUGUAGCCUACAUGUACAGAUGAAGACGAAAUUAAUACCCUCCUGUAAUUUGUUUUUCAUAUAUUUCAAAUAUUUCCCAAUAUUUUCAUAAUAGUUUCAAUUACUAAUUUCUUUUGUCUUUGCUAUGAUGACAGCACUUAAUAUUUUACUAUUUAUAUUUUACAACUAUAGCCUUUAUUAGGUUAAGUUAGAUUAAUUACACAAGUCAAUGGUCAACAGUGGAUUGUUCUGUAGCCAAUAUAAAAUAAUUAAGGUUAAUAAAUUUUACUAAAAGAGGGUCACUAAUAUUAAUCUUAGCAGUUUUUACAGUUAAAAUAUAUAUAUAUAUAUAUAUAUAUAUAUAUA